GUGAAGUGUCAACAUCGGGAAGUUUACACUGUCAUGUUCGCGUCCCUCCCGUAAACCUUUGCUCCGGAAAUGUAACUUUUCCUGAUGCAUCUGGAAUUGUAAGACCAUAGAUGUAAGCCUGGGGUGAUUUCCGUGAUUUCCAGCUACAAAAUGACAGCUGUGGUGGAAAAGUGUAUCUCACGAGCAAGGAAUAAAACCAAGUUGGAGCUAGAUGCAUUUUACGACGGCCUCCUUAACAUACUAAGCUCUUCCCAACCAUCAGACAAGGACAAGGGCGACUGCUUGAAUGACCUGCGAAGGCUGUUGUUUUAUCUCACAUGCACGAAGCAUAGGAGAAGGUUACCACAGCACCUUGUCGACAAACUAAAAUGUCUUAUGACCGAGAAGGAUCAUGUGAUAUUGGGCGGCGUCAAAGGCUCCAUUCUGUGCAGUGCCAUCUUGCAGGAAUACGCACCGACAGAGCAAGUUGUUAUCGAGACUUUCAAUCCACCUGUUUACUUGAAACAGGUGCCAUUCAUCUUACCUGUGCUGAUGAAUCAAGGUGACAUUGUUGGCCAUACGGAGAUGUUAGUUUCACACAUGGUUCGUUGGGUUUCUACUGUUGGCUUUGAUGCAGAUGUACAGGCCAGAGCUCUUGGGUGUCUGGUUAGCUUAGCAACUCUCAACAGAUCUCUUCUAUCUGGAGAGCAGGUUUAUGUGGUGAGUUCUCAGAUCAGCGACUGGUUAACACAGGCCAGCAUCAACCAGGCUCCUAACCCAAACACAAGACAGUCAAAGUCUAAGAAAACGGAGCAGGUCACAGAGAUUGACGGGUCCGCCUGCCAGGAGUUCUUCACCUUCCUCAGUCUGAGCCAGUACUACUCCCAAGACCAACUCCUAAACAUUCACAGCUUCUCCUGUCUGCGUUCCUGGCUCCUCACCACUCACUUCUCCUCAACGGAGGGGAACCUCACCCCAUCCAGUAGCGGGUCAGGGUCGUCGGGUGCAUUGUCGCCGGAGUCAUCGAGGUCCCAGCUCAUGACCUCGGGGAGCUUUGCAACUAAAGCUAGACAGGUGUUGGUAGACAAGGCCUGCGAGUACGGCUUGAGAGUCAUUGAUCAGUGCGAGAGAAGACCAUUAAAGACUCAGGAUCAAGAUCUGAUUCAAGCGUCGUUGAUAGAAGCAGUGUCGUUGUUGGACGUGCUUUGUAGUCUGGACAGCGCCCUCGUAGCCAAGAUCUUCCCAGCCAUCAAAGGAUUGUACAGCCAUCUGAGUGAAGACUACCUCUACCCCAGGGUUCUACUUACACUCCUGCAAUUCUUCAUUCACCAUAUUGAGAUGGUAGUGUAUGAACCAAUGCCUGCUUUUGAGCAUUUCUUUGGCGAGAUCUUGGCCACACGCUACAAUGACCCGUCCGUUGCCUUCGACACAGUCAUGUUCUGUCAAGAAAAUCUGCACAAACUUUGCAUGGAGACAGAUAUUCUGGAGAAGUUCUUCCCAAAUUUAUUGAAGAUUUUAGCUUGGAAUCCUCGCACAUUUCUGACCGAGUUUCUGGACAUAGUACCCGCCAUGAUCUCACCACGGACUACAAUCGAAAUGCUCCACUUAUUACUAGACCUUCCCUGUAAGACCAUCGCCCUGGAGGCCAGCCAGCAAUCGCAACGUCUCGUCACCCAGCAGUCCUCCGAUAACUACCUCAUGCCUGAGCCUAACGUCAGACUGUCGGCUUGUGUGGAUGCUUACAAGAACCCAAAGCAUAAACCGUGGUUUAACUUCAUCCUCCGUCGACAGAGCGGACAGGGGGACACAAUAAGCAAGCUUGGAUUCUUACAUCAGCUGUUGUCAGAUACCUCCUCCUAUCCUAGAGUUGUACCCGUCUCCCAGGCAGUGCCACUCCUUCUGAGACUCUAUUUCCAGACGGUUCUUUCCAAUGCCGACAAUGCACUCCUUUGUCAGCUUGUCCCUGUCAUGUUGGAAAGGGCGGGUCUUCUGUUUGGAAUCCCAUCAUUUAGGAAGGAAGUACACAAGGUCUUGGCUGAGGAGUUGCUGGCAUUAUUUAAGCAAUGCCCAUCUCUCAUCAUGGACCUCAAGUCUGAACUCCUUGACUUCAUCGGCGCUCUGAGAAACAUCGAUAAUAAGGAGGACUUCUUUGCCCAUGUGGUAUGGAUAGUUGGCGACUACACAUCUACUGCCUAUGAUAGCAGAUGCAAUACGCAAGUCAUUAUUAAAUUUUAUGAGGCUCUUGAGACACUGUUGUAUGAAGUGUCUGCCCUGGUUCAAUCUUCUAGCAUUGGACGCAUUCCUUACUCCGCGAGACUCUUAACAGUCUGCAUGACAGCACUAGCUAAGCUUGCCUCACGUUGCCAAGACCUGAUCCCGCGGGUCCUUCUCUGCCUCACCAAGGUCUCCCAGCAACAGAUGAGGAGCUGUAUCGAAGACGAGCAAAAGAAGGCCCUAAUGGAUAGGGCCAGUGAGCUCAUCGAUGUCCUCAAAUUGCCAGAUGUUGCGUCGGCCAUUUUGAGUCCAGCAUGUGAGAUUGAAGAUGGACAUUGGCAUCAAGAUGUUAACACCUCAGUUCCUUCACUACUUCAAUCCAUCUAUCAUAUCGUUCAACAUGGAAUUUAACACAAGCUAAGUGAUCAUACGUUGGCAGUGUGUCGUCAGCCCUGUAUGUUACGUUUUUGAAAGGAGAAGGGCACCAAGGCAUUUUCUCCUCAAGUAAUCAAGAU